AUGUGUAGUUCGUGUCAUUAUUUGAAUAUUAAUGGCUGUCAGAUUGUACCACAAGUUGCUUCUCACAUGGAUAAUAUUAGUAAGAUGAAGAAUGUUAUUAAAUUACCAACAUCAAAAACACCACAAACACCAGCUGAAAAAUCAGCAGCAAAAAUUCAGAAUGCAUUUCGUACACAUCAAGCACGUUUAAAAUUAAAAAAUCAAGCAGCUUGGCAAAUUCAUGAAAAACUUGAAUAUGCAAGCGAACAAACUGAGAGUAAACUCAAAGAUAUGUUUGAAAAAUUAUUGAAAGCAUCAUCAUCCUUGUCUCCUUCUGUUUCGAAAUUAUUACAUAAAGCAAAAGAAAAAGAACUUCUUCGUUUAACAAAUCCGGAUGAUAUUGUUGUUGAAUCAAGUUAUCGUGGUCCACAUAUUCAAGGUCCAAUUACACGAAAAAUAUUCGUAGAUUUAAUCGAAGCAUUUCAAAAAGGACAAAUUUUACAUGAAAAAUAUGUUUGUGAAAUUUUACAUCAAGGUCGUACAAUUUUAAAAUCCUUACCAAAUUUUAAUCAUAUUGAUUUAGCUAAUUUAAAACAUGUAUUCAUUGUGGGCGAUUUACAUGGACAAUUACAAGAUUUAUUACAUAUAUUUAAUUCAAAUGGAUUACCGACAAUAGAUAAUGCAUACGUUUUUAACGGUGACUUUGUAGAUAGAGGAAAUAAUUCAGUCGAAGUUAUUCUAAUAUUAAUCCUAGCCCUCAUACUUUAUCCAAGUUCAGUAUUUUUAAACAGAGGCAAUCAUGAAGAUAUUAUGGUUACAGUCAGGUUACCAUUAUAUUCUUACGUUGAUGCUGGUAAAGCAAAAUUAAUUAUUAUGCAUGGUGGUAUUUCAGAUCGAAUUAAUUUAAAAAAGUUAAAUAAUUUACCAAGAAAUAGAUAUGUUUCAAUUGAAGUUCCACCAGAAUCAAAACAAGGUGGAAAACGUUUAACAGAAGAAGAAGAUCUGGAAUAUCAUCAAAUUCAAGAUUUAUUUUGGAGUGAUCCAGAUCCAAAAGGACGUAAAGGUUGUCGUCCGAAUGAUGAUCGUAAAAUGGCAUGUUUUUUUGGUAGCGAUGUAACAAAUGCUUUUAUAAAAAAAUACAAUUUAUCAAUGAUUAUACGUUCACAUCAAGUUAAACAAGAUGGUUAUGAAUAUGCUCAUGAUGGAAGAUUACUCACUGUUUUUUCUGCAUCAAAUUAUUGUGGUGGAAAUAAUUGGGGUGCAGUUGUUCGAUGGGAUUUUAAUGAAGAAGAACCGUGGAUAAUAUCGUUUAAAACAGAGGCAGUUGAUUUAGAUAAAGUUAGUUUUAAUAAAAAAGUAACAUUAUUCGAAGAUCCAGCUUAUCAUUCAUUAAUAGAAAAAAUUUUGUCAAAUAAAAGUCAACUAUUACAAGAAUUUGAAAAAGCAGAUAAAACUAAAAGCGAACGUUUACCGUUAACAACGUGGUCAGAUAUUAUGACAAUAGUAUUGAUAUUAGACUUACCAUGGUUAACAUUGAGAACGAGAUUAGUACAAGAAGAUGGCAAAGGAAUUAUUUAUCGUAGUAUGUUUGAUGACUUUGUUAUUAGUAAUCCAAAAUUUCAAAUGCAGAAUGCGGGUAUCAUGGAGGAUUUAUAUUAUUAUAAAGAUAUGUUAUUAGCAUUAUUUAACUUAAUCGAUUAUAAUCAUUCAGGUUUUAUUUCUCGUAACGAAUUUGCUGAUAUUAUUCGUCUUUUACUCGCAGAUGAAAAUGAAAAUGGUGUUAAUGAUAAAGUAUCGAAUAUAGUGAAUGAUGAAUAUAUUGAAGAACUUAGUUCAGCAAUGGAUUUUGAUAAAAAUGGAAAAAUUGAUUUUAAUGAAUUUUUAGAAAGUUUUCGUAUUGUCAAUGUUAAAUCUCAGCAACGUCAAUCACAUUCCAAACAAUCAACUCCCUCGUCUAGCUCAUCACCAUUGAAAUCAUCGAUUUAUGCAAAUGGAAAAAAGGGCAAAUGA